AUGGAGAGAUCCGAUUCCAGAGAUUUGUACAACUUUGUUCGCUCUUCCUCAGAUACAAAUAGUAAACUCUUUGAUGCAUCUCAGUACGAGUUUUUUGGUCAAAAUCUGGACGAAAUGUCAUUGGGAGGUAUCGAUGAUGACGAAGUGAUCGCUCCUGUUCUUGGACAUGCUGAUGAUGAUGAGUAUCACUUGUUUGAUAAAGGAGAGGGUGGAGGUUUAGGAGCACUAUCCGACAUGGAUGAUCUUGCUACAACUUUUGCAAAGUUAAACAGAGUUGUUACCGGACCCAAACACCCUGGAGUUAUUGGUGACAGAGGAUCAGGAUCCUUCUCAAGAGAGAGUUCUUCUGCUACCGACUGGACACACGAUGCAGAGCUCACAAGCUGGUUGGAUGAACAAGAUCAAGAUAAGAGAUGGUCCUCCCAGCCGCAAUCAUCUGUUCAUUCAAAACCUUUGUACAGGACAUCCUCUUAUCCUCAGCAGCAACCACAGCUGCAGCACUACAAUAGUGAACCGAUAAUUUUACCAGAAUCAACUUUUACAUCCUUUCCCCCGCCUGGUAGCAGAUCUCCGCAGGCUUCACCCGGAAAUCUCCAUCGCACUCCUUCUCUUCCUGGUGGUACUCAGUUGAACUUUUCAGCACCUCCCCCUCUGUCAAGUUCUAGUUAUCAUCUCUCAGGAUUGGCCCACGGGCCCCACUAUGGUGGUAAUUUGGCUAGAUAUGCUUCGUGUGGUCCUACGAUUGGUAACAUGGUGCAACCUCAUUGGGUCACUGAUCCUGGUCUUCUGCACGGAGAUCAUAGUGGUUUAUUACAUAAUCUGGUGCAACAAAAGCAUCAACAAUUGCCUCCUCGAAAUGGUCUUAUGUCGCAACAUUUGAUCGCCCUUCAGCAGAGACAAUCGUAUGCUCAACUUGCGGCGCUACAGUCCCAACUGUAUAGUUCCUAUCCUUCGCCAUCACGUAAAGUACCUUUUGGGGUUGGUGAAGUUAGAGAACACAAACAUAGGUCAUCUCAUAGAAGUCGAAAGAACAGAGGCAUCUCCCAACAAGCAUCAGACGCAGCUAGUCAGAAAAGUGAAAGUGGAUUGCAGUUUAGAUCAAAAUACAUGACUUCAGAAGAAAUAGAGAGUAUACUCAAGAUGCAGCAUUCCAAUUCACACAGCAAUGAUACCUAUGUCAAUGAUUAUUACCACCAAGCUCAGCUCGCCAAGAAGUCUGCCGGAUCUAGAACAGUCUCUCACUUCUAUCCUUCUCAGUUGAAGGACCACCAGCCUCGGUCUCGUAAUAGUUCUGAACAGCAUCCACAAGUUCAUGUAGAUGCUCUUGGAAAGAUUACACUGCCUUCUAUUCGCAGGCCACGUGCCUUGCUCGAGGUUGAGUCUUCUCCUGGUUCUAACGAUGGAAGCGCGGAUCGUAAGGGCUCAGGAAAACAUUUAGAGCAGGAACCUCUUGUUGCAGCUAGGGUCACGAUUGAAGAUGCUCUUGGAGUUCUUAUUGACGUAGUUGACAUUGACAGGACUCUCCAAUCCACUAGGCCCCAGGACGGAGGUGCUCAGAUCAAGAGAAAGCGGCAGAUCCUGCUUGAAGGAUUAGCAACAGCACUUCAACUUGCUGACCCGUUCAGCAAAACUGGUCAGAAAUCCGGGAUGACUGCUAAGGAUGAUGUUGUCUUUCUACGUAUAGCGACUCUUCCCAAGGGUCGGAAAAUGCUUACAAAUUAUAUACAACUUCUAGUUCCAGGUACUGAGAUUGCUCGAGUUGUCUGUAUGGCUAUAUUUCGCCACUUGAGAUUUCUAUUUGGCGGUCUGCCUUCAGAUACUCUAGCAGCAGAGACGAUUGCUAAUCUUGCCAAAGCAGUCACGGUCUGUGUUCAAGCCAUGGACCUCCGAGCACUGAGUGCUUGCCUUGCAGCGGUAGUUUGUUCUUCAGAGCAGCCACCUCUGCGUCCUAUUGGAAGUUCUGCUGGGGACGGUGCUUCAGUUGUCUUGAUAUCUCUUCUUGAGAGAGCUGCUGAAGUAGUGGUGGUUUCUCGAGCCAACCUUGGGAAUUCUAAUGAUGGUCUGUGGAGAGCCUCGUUUGAUGAAUUCUUCAACCUUCUUACCAAAUACUGCAGGAGCAAGUAUGAGACGAUCCGCAGUCAGAAUCAAGGGAGUGCAGCAGAUGUUUUGGAGCUGGCAAUAAAGAGGGAAAUGCCCGCUGAGCUUCUACGUGCGAGUCUGCGUCACACCAAUGACGACCAGAGGAACUAUUUAUUAAACUUUGGUCGUAAACCGUCGGCUAUUAGUGAGUCGGCAUCUCAUGCAAGGGGUGGUCAGAUCAACUCUGAAUCUGUGAGGGGUUAA